AAGAUGAUGAAACGACAAAGAUAUUCUUGGGCUGAUUUUUCUAUAAUAAAAUUUUGAUUUUUAAAGCAAAAGAUCUGACGAUUUUCAGAGACCAUUCAGAAAAACCCUAAUCGAGUGCCAUAUCAUUAGUUUUCAUGUUUUUUUAAUCCCCCAAAAGCAGAAAGAUAUCCAUGCGUCUUUCUUAAGCAGAAUCUUCAUCUCUCUGUUCCUUUUUCAUCCAUUAUUGUUUACGUUUGCGUCUCUAGGGUUCACAAUUGCACUGAAAGUUUCAUAGAGACGCAAAAACAGACAUGACUGAACAGAACGUUGCUGCCAUGGCUGAUUUGCCGAUGAAAAAGCCCAGAGAAGGAGAAGAGAACGGAGCAUCUGCCAACGCCGCCAAUGGCGGUGGAAACAUAUCGUCAGUCAUUCCUGGUUGGUUUUCAGAGAUUAGUCCGAUGUGGCCCGGAGAAGCACACUCUUUGAAGAUUGAAAAGAUACUGUUUCAGGGGAAGUCUGAUUACCAGGAUGUGAUGGUUUUUCAGUCUGCAACAUAUGGGAAGGUUCUUGUUUUGGAUGGUGUAAUUCAACUUACAGAAAGGGAUGAAUGUGCAUAUCAAGAAAUGAUUACUCAUCUCCCACUUUGUUCAAUCCCUAACCCUAAGAAGGUUUUGGUUAUUGGAGGAGGAGAUGGUGGUGUCUUGCGUGAAGUAGCUCGCCAUUCUUCUGUCGAGCAUAUUGACAUUUGUGAGAUUGAUAAGAUGGUUGUUGAUGUUUCUAAAGAAUAUUUUCCUGAUGUAGCGGUUGGAUACGAAGAUCCCCGUGUCACACUCCACGUAGGAGAUGGAGUUGCAUUUUUAAAGGCUGCUCAAGAAGGAAGUUAUGAUGCUGUUAUAGUUGAUUCUUCCGAUCCAAUAGGUCCCGCACAAGAACUGUUUGAGAAGCCGUUUUUUGCAUCGGUUGCAAAAGCACUUCGUCCAGGUGGCGUUGUUUGUACUCAGGCUGAAAGCAUUUGGCUUCACAUGCAUAUCAUUGAAGAUAUUGUUGUCAACUGUCGUCAGAUAUUUAAGGGAUCGGUUAACUAUGCGUGGACCACUGUCCCCACAUAUCCAAGUGGGGUUAUUGGAUUCAUGCUAUGUUCAACUGAGGGACCAGAAGUUGAUUUCAAGAACCCAAUCAACCCAAUGGAUGAAAAUGAAAGCCAAAACAAGUCUAUAGGACCCUUAAAGUUCUACAAUCAAGAGAUUCAUGCAGCUGCUUUCUGUUUGCCUUCGUUUGCUAAAAAAGUGAUUGAAGCCAAAGCAGAAAAAUGAAAUAUAUGAGAAAACAGUUAGCAAGAGAAGGCAGAAUAGCUCGCUCAUGUAAAGUUUCACGGCUUCCAAUUGUUGAAUGAAGAAAGGUUCGAGCAUCUUCAAGAUGGAUCAGAAUAAGAAUAAUUUAAGGUUUUUGUUUCAGUCGCUAUUUUCUUAUUUACUUUUCUGUAGUAUUUAAAAUUUCAGUUCAUGAGAUGAUGCAUAUCAAGCAUCACUUAAAUUUGUGCACAAGUUGUUAUCUUUUAAUAGAUUUUAUGUGGAAUUUUUAAUGUUGAACGGAAUCUUUUGGGCUUCCAUUCCUCUUAAUCUUUAUGGGUUGAAAUGGAUAAUUUUGUUGGGCUUC